ACAGGGACAGAUAUUGGCUAAAGAGAAGUCUCAUCUGGGGGGGGGCCUCUGCCAGGGGUCAGAGGGAGAGCCAUGGACAGGACAUCUGAGGCAGGCUAGAGGUGGGAGAGGGAUGCGGCAGCACUCGGGAGUCGGCCCCAUAAAACAACAUGGUUAUGUGUCACCACCCCCGCCUUUUUCUUGGUCUUCUCUCCCCAGGUUGCUAGCGUCCCCCCUGGGGAACCAAACUGGGCUCAACAUCAGGUGGCCUGCUUCCCAGCCUCUGACAGAGGACAGGCUGAGUCAGGCAGCUAAGUGGGACACCCAGCACCCCCACCCUUUGUGAGCCCCACUGAUACAGGACAGCAGGUGGCUUGAAGGGGCAGGUGACCUGGCAUGGAGAGCCAAGGGAGCCAUGGAGAGAGCCAGUCUGAUCCAGAAGGCCAAGCUGGCAGAGCAGGCCGAGCGCUAUGAGGACAUGGCAGCCUUCAUGAAGAGCGCCGUGGAGAAGGGUGAGGAGCUCUCCUGCGAAGAGCGGAACCUGCUCUCCGUGGCCUACAAGAACAUGGUGGGCGGCCAGCGGGCAGCCUGGAGGGUCCUGUCCAGCAUCGAGCAGAAGAGCCAUGAAGAGGGCUCGGAAGAGAAAGGCCCUGAGGUGCAAGAGUACCGGGAGAAGGUGGAAACGGAGCUGCGGGGCGUGUGUGACACCGUGCUGGGCCUGCUGGACAGCCACCUCAUCAAGGAGGCCGGGGAUGCCGAGAGCCGCGUCUUCUACCUGAAAAUGAAGGGCGACUACUACCGCUACCUGGCCGAGGUGGCCACCGGGGACGACAAGAAGCGCAUCAUUGACUCAGCCCGUUCCGCCUACCAGGAGGCCAUGGACAUCAGCAAGAAGGAGAUGCCGCCCACCAACCCCAUCCGCCUGGGCCUGGCCCUGAACUUUUCCGUCUUCCACUAUGAGAUCGCCAACAGCCCCGAGGAGGCCAUCUCACUGGCCAAGACCACCUUCGACGAGGCCAUGGCUGACCUGCACACCCUCAGCGAGGACUCCUACAAGGACAGCACCCUCAUCAUGCAGCUGCUGCGAGACAACCUGACGCUGUGGACGGCCGACAACACGGGGGAAGAGGGGGGUGAGGUUCCCGAGGAGCCCCAGAGCUGAGCCCGCCCGCGUCUCCCUGCCCUGCCCUCCCCAGUCCCCCACCCCCGCAGAGAGGACUCAAGGGGUGGGAGGCCCCUGUGCCCUGCUCAGAACCAGCUCCCUGAGCAGGACCGACAGAGCCAAGGCCUCUGGGGCAGAGGAGCCCCUUCCUGUGGUGCUCCCAUCCCACCCGAUCCUGCUCUCUGCACCCCAGUUUUGGAGACCCACCCCACAAUCUGGCCACUUCCCCCCAUCUUGACUCCCAUCUGCCUUCGGAUCUUAGGAAUUGAGGAGUGUCCCACCCUUGUGGCUGAGAACUGGGCUGGAGCGUGUGUGUGUGUGUGUGUGUG